UCUGGGAUAAUGGGUUCAGAGAUCGCAGAGGCUCGACAGGGGAGGAAUACCAGAGAGACUUCUGAUAAAAAGAAAAAACAGCAGGACGCUGAGACGAGAUAUGCAGGUGUAAUCUGGAAGAGAAGCAACAGGUGUGAAGAAUCUCCCGAGGACACGAGGAUUGUGAAGAAAGCUAAAACUUCUUUUGCUAGGCGGGAUGAGACUUUUUGUUCCGGGGAUCAUGAGGCUCAAGAUCCUGGUUGGUUGGCUAGGCGGUAUGAGACCACUACUCCUGAGACUUCAGAUUCAGAUAGACAGAAUGAGACUCCUACUCCUGAGCCUUUGUAUGAGACUUCGGAUUCAGAUGAGCCUGGUAGGUUGAAUUGUUCAAAUAGGUGGUAUGAGACUUCGGAUUCAGAAAGGCAGAAUGAUACUCAUGCUCCUGGUAGGUUGGCUAGGCGGUAUGAGACUCCUACUCCUGAGACUUCGGAUUCAGAUAGGCAGAAUGAGACUCGUGCUCCUGGUAGGUUAGCUAGGCGGUAUGAGACUCCUACUCCUGUGACUUUGCAUGAGACUUCAGAUUCAGAUGAGCCUGGUAGGUUGAACUGUUCAAAUAGGUGGUAUGAGACUCCUCCUCCCAAGACGACUUGGGACAAGACUCCAGAGUCAGAAAGGGAUUCUGCAAGUUCUGGUGGAUUGGGUUUAUCAGAUUGGCGCUACUAUCCUACUCCAGAUUGGCGGGAUGAGACUCCUACUACAGAGGAUGGAGCAAUAUUUGACUUGGAUGAGCUUAAUAUCCCUGCCAUUUUGCCCUUUCUAAAAGCUGUGUGUCAGAGUAAGGAUUCAUGGCAAGCUCGUCACAAGGGCAUUGGAUUUGUUCAGCAAAUUGCUAUACUGAUGGGCCAAGCAGUUCUUCCUCACUUGCCGUCUAUUGUAGAAAUUUUGGAACCAGGUCUAAGUGAUAAGUAUGAGGUGGUGAGAACUAGUACCGUGCUGUCACUAGCUGCUCUUGCUAAGGCUUCUGCUCCCCAUGGUAUUAUAAGCUUCGAGCCAGUAUUAAAGCCGUUGUUGAAGGGUAUUAGGACACACCACGCAUAUGACUUGGAUGCAUUUAUGAAGGCAAUUGGCUGUAUAAUUCCUUUAAUGGAUGCAGUAAAUGCAAGCUACUAUACAAAAAAAGUCAUGGUUUUAUUGAAACGUGACUUUAAUCAGUCGUGCAAUGAAGCAAGGAGGAAGAUUUUGCUAAAAGUGGUUAAGCGAUGUGUGAGCACUGAAGGCGUUGAGGCUGAUUAUAUUCAGAGACAUAUUGUACCUGAAUUAUUCCGUUGUUUUUGGAAUGGAGAGGCGGCUUAUGUACAUAGUAAGCAGCUUGUUGAAACAACUUUUGAAAUAGCAAAAAAAGUUGGAGUUGCUGAUGUUGUUGGAAGAAUUGCAGAGGACCUUAAGAAUGAGAGUGAACCAUAUAGGAUGGUGGUUAUGGAGGCAAUUGAGAAGAUCAUAGCUAAUUUGGGUGUAACUGAUAUCGAUGCUCACUUGGAGGAGCUUUUGAUUGAUGGAAUUCUUUAUGCAUUCGAAGAGCAGGACCGUUAUGAUUCUAAGAAUGUCGUGCUUAAUGGUUUUGGUACGGUUGUCAAUCUUUUAGGAUGGAGGAUGAAGCCUUAUCUUCCCCAAGUGUGUGAUACAAUAACUCGUUGUCUGCAAAAAGAUAGUGCAGACGUGAGACAGAACGCAGCAGAUCUCAUUUCCCAGAUUGCAGUGGUCUUGAAACAUUGCGAGGCUCAGGAAUUUAUGGGAGAUCUCGGGGUUGUUUUAUAUGAGAAUCUGGCAGAAGGAUGCCCUGAAGUCUUGGGAUCAAUACUGGGAGCAUUGAAAUCAAUUGUUAAUGUUAGUGAUGCGACAAAUUUGCAACCUACAAUUAAGAAUCUGCUUCGACGAUUGGCCUUAAUUUUGAAGAAUCGGCAUGAGAAGGAAGUCCUGGAGAACUGCGUUGAGCUUGUUUAUCUAGUUGCUGAUAUGCUUUGA